GCCCGCCCGAGCUGCCCCCGGGAGCCCGCCCGCCUCGCCUCAGCCGCCGCCGCCGCCGCCGCCGGGGGGGGGGCGCGUCCCGCCCGCAGCCGCCUGCAUGACACUCCGCAAGGGGGAGAGAGCGACCAUCAGCAUCCAGGAGCACAUGGCCAUCGACGUCUGCCCCGGCCCCAUCAAGCCCAUCAAGCAGAUCUCCGACUACUUCCCCCGCUUCCCGCGCGGCCUGCCCGCCGCCGCCAGCCGCCCCGCCAGCCGCCCGCCCCUCAGCCCCGCCGAGCCGCCCCGCGACGACGACGAGGACGUGGACCGGCUCUUCGGGGCGUACGGCGCCAGCGGCCCCGCCGAGCGGCCGGCCCCGCGCCCGGCCGAGGAGGAGGCGGCGGACGCCGAGGGCUACGAGUCCGACGACUGCACUACGCUGGGAACACUAGAUUUCAGUUUGCUGUACGACCAAGAAAACAAUGCUCUCCACUGCACAAUCAGUAAAGCCAAGGGCCUGAAGCCAAUGGAUCAUAAUGGUUUGGCUGAUCCGUAUGUCAAAUUGCACUUACUCCCGGGCGCUAGUAAGGCAAAUAAGCUAAGAACAAAAACUUUGCGGAACACUCUGAAUCCCACCUGGAAUGAGACCCUCACUUACUAUGGCAUCACGGACGAGGAUAUGGUUCGUAAGACGCUAAGAAUUUCCGUCUGCGACGAAGACAAGUUCCGCCACAAUGAGUUCAUCGGGGAGACGAGAAUCCCACUGAAGAAGCUAAAGCCAAACCAAACCAAAACCUUCAGCAUCUGCCUGGAAAAGCAGCUGCCGAUAGAUAAAACAGAAGACAAGUCCCUGGAGGAGCGUGGCCGGAUCCUCAUCUCCCUCAAGUACAGCUCCCAGAAGCAAGGCCUCUUGGUCGGCAUCAUCCGCUGUGCACACCUGGCUGCCAUGGAUGCCAACGGCUACUCUGACCCCUAUGUGAAAACCUACUUGAAACCAGAUGAGGACAAGAAAUCAAAGCACAAGACAGCAGUGAAAAAGAAAACACUAAAUCCUGAAUUCAAUGAGGAAUUUUGUUAUGAAAUAAAGCAUGGUGACCUGGCAAAGAAGACCUUAGAAGUCACUGUGUGGGAUUAUGACAUUGGAAAAUCAAAUGAUUUUAUUGGUGGAGUAGUGUUAGGAAUUAAUGCCAAAGGUGAACGGCUGAAGCACUGGUUUGAUUGCCUGAAAAACAAGGACAAGAAAAUAGAGCGCUGGCACACGCUAACGAAUGAGCUGCCAGGGGCCAUCCUCAGCGAUUGACCCUAAAGACAGGCCCGGGACCCUGAAGAUAGCCCAGCUCUCGCUCUCUCACAACCAGAACCAGGAACAAUUCAUGCCUUUGGACUUAUAGUUUACUUACUACAUUUAAAAGGAUACUAAGUCAGCAAGAAAGAGUGGCUUGGUAAAUUCCAACUGAUGGUCAGACUGCAGGGAAAUACCACUGAACAAGAUACAAUUGAUUUUCUCUGUUCAGUGGGUGCGAUCCCCUCGGGUUUUCUCCCAGGUGUCUCUGAGUGCCCCCCUCUCCAACACACACAUACACACAGUCAAUUGAAAGAAAAAAUGGCUGCAUGCACUAGAAUUGUGACUUAUUUACUAACUAUUUGAUAUACUGAAUUAUCUUCUUGCUGCCUUGCAAAAUGAAUGGAUCACUUUUUGUUUGUGUAGCUACUAUGAGCAAAAAGCAUUAUUAAAUGAAACUAUUUUACUAAGGCGACUGUGCCACAUUUCUGGUUGUCAGUUUCUGUGGUUUGGGCCCGAACAGUCAAAAUGCACUUAAACAUCACGGUUUGAAGUGAUCAUCUUCUCCAAUAAUCGAUGAGGAUUGUUCGCUUUUCUUUCAGAAAUGUAAUGCUUGUCCUGUCUGAUAAUCUAUAUGAAGUAUACAAGUAUGCUAAAAGGGCUGUGCAGCUAUAUAAGGCAAUAUAUAUAUACUUCCUUAUAUACAGUAGGCACGUGCAGCCGCAGCAGAAUAAUAUAAGGCUUCACAUUUGCUAAGAGAAGUUUUGAUAUUUAAGAAAGAUCAGAAAAUCAACAGACCAUUCCAUUCCAGCACUUACUCUUGCUCUAUUACAGACAGUGGGACUUCACACUAGCACUUCCAUGCAGCUGCUAUUUUUAGGAAACCAUGAAUCUACCUUUCUUCCUGUCAACUACACAGCUGGUUUGAACAGGACUAUUUUUCACUGAAACUUACCUUCAGAUUUUACUUUUAGUGCAGACCUUUCAUUCAGGUUAGUGAGAAUGAGCAGAACCCCCAAAGACUUGCCAACAGCUAGAAGGGCAAGAGGAGGCAGACUUGAUGCUAAAGUAAGUGACAUGGGUCAAAUUCUGCCUUUGAUUACAUGCACACAACCUUCAUGGACUCCAAUGGGCAUUGCACACGUGUUAGGGACAGCGAAUUUGGCUUUGUCUCUUCCUUUAUUCAGCCUUCUUAACAGUGUAUGUAACUCCAGAACUCCCCAGGUAGGCCAAUUAUGCAUUCCUCUCUAGAAAUCUGUUCUUUGCAUCUGGGCUGGCUUCAGUCAGUGUCCAAAGACUUAGACCCUGAUUUUGCCCUACUGACAUCAUUGGUAGUUUUGUGGGA